AUGAGAGCAGUCCGCUUCUACGGAGCUGGAGACAUCCGGGGAUCUGCGGAAGUGGUAAGUAAUUUGCAUGAGUACACGUGCGGGCCGCAUCUGGUACCCCUGACGCCACAUGCGAUCACCGGGGGAAAGCUCCCAACAACCCGGGGCCACGAGUUUAGCGGCAUAGUCGAGGAGGUGGGAGCCGCGGUUGCAGAUGCUGUCGCAGACCUCAAAGUUGGAGAUCGGGUUGCUGUCCGGCCCAACUUGUCCGACGGGAGUUGUCCUCCCUGUUUGCGCGGAACUCCGAACUGUUGUCGCAAUUUGGGCUUUGUGGGCUAUAGUAGGGGCUUGUCGGACCACGUCGUGGUUGACGCCGACCAUGCCAUUCCGCUACCAGACACCAUUCCUUUGGAUAUCGGCGCGCUUAUUGAACCGUUGUCUGUGGCGUGGCACGCAGCAGACCACAGCCCUCUCGAGGGGGCUCGGACUGUUCUCGUCGUUGGAGGCCCUAUUGGUUUGGCUGUGGUUCAAGUGCUUUUUGCCCGAGGAGUCGAGUCUAUCGUCGUCGCGGAAGUCUCGUCGCGGCGACGAGAAUUUGCGAGUAAAUUGGGCGCAACUCAUGUCCUUGAUCCUCGGAUGCAAGAUGUCGUCUCCAUGGUACAGGCAAUGACCGGGAACGCAGGCGCAGAUGUAGCCUUUGAAUGCUCUGGCGUGCAAGCUGGAUUGGAUACGGCUCUUCGGGGCAUCCGGGUCCGAGGAACAGUCACGAUUGUGUCUCUCUGGGAGGCAAAACCGAUCGUAGACGCCGAGGCCAUCGUGCUAGACGAGAAGCAUGUAAUCGGGGCGGCAAUCUUUGCCGAUGGGAUCUUUCCAGCUGUCAUUGAAGCCAUAAGCUCGGGCAAGCUCAAUCCUCAAUCCAUGAUCACUAGCAAGAUUCGAAUGGAAGACAUUGUCGAAAAAGGAUUUGAGGCCCUGAUCCAUGAAAAAGAUAAACAUGUCAAGAUCUUAGUUGACAUUUCGGCAUAAAGCCCAGGAGGGAGGAUCUUAGGUGAGACAAGACGACCUGGUCAGAUGCGGCUGUGAAGGUCGCACAGUUGUACCUCAAAAUAGUGUUUGUGUUGUCAAUCCUCUUCCGAAGCUAUACAUGACGGCCCCAGGCGUGUGUGAUGGCACAUUUAGUGUGUAUAAUGACGCCAGCCACUCUCGGUCUACUAGGAGCUGAAGGCAAGAACCGAAGCCUGUCAGCAAUGCCAAGAGAAUCCGGCCAUGAUAAUCCUGGGCUAGAUACUCAUACAUACCUACUAGCACGGC